AUACCAUAACAGACACAAUAGAGCAACUUCAAGAAAGUAGAUUUGUUGGCCUAAGUAUGGAAUCUCAGAGAGUGAACCUUCCUCCUCCCAGCACUGAUAACAAGCCAAACUACAAGUGCCCAGAAGGAUGGAAAUGCACCAUCACAAAAACUGACCCAUCUAAGAUCGGUAAACCAUUUGCAAAAUGCGAUGGCAGUGGGUGCACCUGUGUCACUGAGAAAACUGUGCAACAGACAACGGAGAGCUCUGAGGCAGCAAAAGUAUUCUGCGAGUGUGGUGAAGGUUGGUCUUGUGUUGUAUCCAAGAUUGAGGGCCCUGAAGCCGGCAAGACCUACUUUGAGUGUGGUGAAGGUUGCAUUUGUGUGAUAGAUGAAACGAACACCGUGAAGGUUGUAUGUGCGUGAGUUACACCACGAUUGUAAUGAGGGUUGCAAAAGGAAGAAAGAAAAAUUCACCACAAAAAGGAAACAAGCUUACUUGUGUCUGCUAUAAAUUUCUUCCAAAUAUUACGAAGUUUGUGCCUUACUUCUAUGUGUGUCCCCUGUAACAAGUAUGUAAAGUUUGUGUUUAGCUGCUAUUCUAUGAAUCCUACAAGUAUAUAGUGUCAGACUGUAAUUUCCUGGUGCGUAUACGUAAUAUAUUAUGUAUAAAUAAAUGGCUCUUGUCAAUUUCUCAA